AUGAGAGUUUUUCUGAUAAUAGCGAGCUUGGUUUCUCUCCUUGAAGGCGCCGUUUUCUCGAAAAAUGACGAUGGAAGUAUGAAUUUUAAAUCAGAAGGGACCGAAGACGUUUACAAACGAGAGUCGAUGAGGAUUCCUCAACAAGAUCUGAUGCGAUUCUUCAUCGAUUAUUUCGACGGAAAUUCACCAUCCUAUGCAUUUAUCUGA